CUUUACUUUGAUACUUCCCCACUAGAGCAUUUUAACUCAGCACGACUUCACGUUUCACCUCUUUUGCAUCGUACCCUCUUUCUUUUACUCUCAGGGGGAUUUAUCUAUAGAACAUUUACGAUUACUAUCUCCAGACGCGCUUUUGGAAAGCAGUCUUGUUGACGCCUACUGCAACUUUUUUUUCACAAAGAAUCUGUAAAACGAGUCUCUAGCAAAGCAGCGCCAUAAUGCCGCCCAAGAAGGACCAGAAAGGCAAGGGCCCGCAGCCCAAGCCUCAGAAGGUCGCGGUUGAUAAGACCUUUGGUCUCAAAAACAAAGGAGGAAAGAAAACCCAGAACAUGAUCAAGCAAAUUGAAUCCCAGAAGAGCACUCCUCAAUCUGCUUUGGACAGGAAGAAGGCGGCUGAGAAGGAGCAAAGAGAUAGAGAGAAGAUGGAAGCGGAAAAGGCCAGAAAGGAAGCCGCAGAGCUCUUCAAACCAGUUCAGGUGCAGAAAGUCCCCUUUGGUGUGGACCCGAAGACCGUGCUUUGCCAGUUCUACAAGAAGGGUGGCUGUGAAAAAGGCAAGAAAUGUAAAUUCUCGCACGAUCUCGCCGUUGAGCGUAAGGGAGAGAAGAAGAACUUGUACACAGAUACCCGGGAGGAAGAGCAAGAGGAGAAGAAGAAGGACACCAUGGAUGACUGGGACGAGGAAAAGCUACGAAAGGUCGUUAUGUCCAAGCACGGCAAUCCGAAGACGACUACCGACAAGGUCUGCAAAUACUUUAUCGAAGCCGUCGAGAACCAGAAAUACGGAUGGUUCUGGCAAUGUCCUAACGGAGGUGACAAGUGCAUGUAUAAGCACUCUCUUCCACCUGGAUUCGUACUCAAGACUAAGGAGCAGCGUGCUGCUGAGAAGGCUUUGAUGGACAAGUCUCCCCUCAACACCUUUACCAUCGAAGAGUUCCUGGAGUCUGAGCGAUACAAGCUUACUGGAACGCUUACGCCCGUCACUCCCGAGUCUUUCGCUAAAUGGAAGAAGGACCGGCUCGACAAGAAGGCUGCCGAAGCCGAGGCACACAAGGCCAAGGAUGCGACUGGUAGAGCCAUGUUUGAACAAGGUGGCUGGGAAGGCAGUGAAAGCGAGGAAUCUUCUGAUGAGGAUGAGGAUGAGACCGAUGGCUGGAACCUCGAGGCUCUCCGAAAGGAGACUGAGGCGUUGCGGGCGCAGAGGGAGCGCGAAAGGCUUGGUUUGCCCGCCGAGAGUGAGAUACCCACCGAGGGUGAUGCUGGUGAGGAUGCUCAGGAGGAAUCUUCCAGUCAAUGAGAAAAGUAUUACCGAUCCUUUUCUCUGUGAUGAGGAGAUGUUGUUAUCUUUUUCUAGAUUUAUCUGGUGUUCAGAGUCAUCGAUUCAGCGUCGUUGUGAUUGGGGAUGGCCUUCGCAGUCAAAACAAAAAUUGCUGCGCAGGGACAGGGCUGUCAUUUUGUCAUUUUCUUGGCGUAUUGUUGAUAGUCUCCAUAUGAUGUCAUAUUUCGAAUUUCGUUGAUCGAGAUAUGCGCAGUAUCAUCUUUCGGUCACGACAAAAACUUCAUUCGCAUAGUUGCAAAAUAGCAUAGU